CCACGCAGGCACAGGGAGAACAUGCAAACUCCACACAGGCGGGGCCGGGAUUUGAAACCGGGUCCUCAGAACUGUGAGGCCAGCGCUUUAUCAGCUGAGUCACCGGGCCGCCGCAACUAUAGUAUGAAAAGUGUAAUCCACGCUGUAUCCACAGACUUCCAGCCUGAAAUGCGUCACGACUUGAGACGUCACGGCGCUCUGGGCUGCUAUCAGCGAAGAAGUCCCGAGCUAGCAUCGCAAAACUGGCUACGAAGCCAGGUGUCGCCGAGCGUCUCGGUGAACGUGCCGCACUUCUUCGUGCCGCCCGAGGCGGUCGUGUCGGGAGCCGGCGGCGUGACGACGACACGGGCGGCGGCCUCCUCGCCGGACGCCCCGGGGUCCUCGCGCGCACUCCAGAUACGCCGGCGCCUGCCGAAGGAGUCGAGAAACAUCUUCAUCACCUACUCCUCGGACUCGUCCUGUGAGAUGAUCGCCCUCGUUGACUUCCUGUCCAAACAUGGCUUCCAGCCUACUAUGGACACGGUUGACAGGCCCUGUACAAACGCAGACGAUACCACGUGGGAGCACGCUUUUAUCACAGACCCGUCAGCCCCCAUCAUCGUGGCUAUCAGUCCGCGCUACAAGGCCGACGUCGAAGGCAGCACUGUGCACGCCCGCGGUUUGCACACGAAACACAUUUACGCCAUGAUGCAGCAUGAAUUCAUCCAACAGGGCAGCUUGAACUUCCGUUUCAUCCCCGUGCUCGUCCUCGACGCCUCCCAGGAGGACGUUCCGGCCUGGCUUCAGAACACGCGUGUCUACCGCGGGACACGGACGACCUGUUGCUGCGACUGCUGAGGGAGGAGAGGGGCCCAAACCGCCAGUGGGCCCCCCCCAGGAGCAGCAUGUGGCUCGGUCCGAUCCAGAGCCACGGCGGUGCUGAACAAGCUUCGAGUGUCUGUGGAGCUGCUGGUCGCCCUGGCCGCCCUCCUGUGCUGGCUGAC